GGACGGACAGCACCUCGAGGCGGCCUCGGCGCGAGGGCCCGGGGACGGGUUUCAUGGUGAAGGGUCGUGGCUCUCUCCUCUCUGGGUCGGACGAUAACUGCGAAUGGACCUGAGAUCGUCAGCGGGAGGGGGCGGGUCCAGGGAAGGAGCCCGGACGGCAGCCUAAGGACCCCCGCCUGGGAAUGGUUUCUGGGUCCGACAUGAAGUCUUUCUAAAAAGAGAUCAAGGCCUGUCGUGGUGACAGAGAUUCGGGGCUGAGGGAACCUCUGCCUCCACGCGCGGUGACACUUCCCAGAGGAGCCACAUGGACGAGAAACCGUCCCCCAGGAAAGGCCCGCACCUCUGCUCCUUGCGCUGCGGCCUGGCCGUGGUCAUGCACCUGUCGAACUUCGCCAUGAUCACGCAGCGCGUGAGUCUGAGCAUCGCCGUCAUCGCUAUGGUCAACGGCACUCAGCAGCCGGCUGCAGCCAACGCCUCUGCGGACGGGCCUCGGGCGGACGCGCUCAAGGACGCGGGCAGGGCCCGCCAGGAGCUCGGCGCAGAGACCUCCGAGUACGUGUGGAGCCCUGCGACCCAGGGCGUCAUCUUCAGCUCCAUCAGCUACGGGAUCAUCGUGACGCUGAUCCCGAGCGGGUACCUGGCGGGGAUAUUCGGAGCGAAGCAGAUGCUGGGUGCCGGCUUGCUCAUCUCCUCCCUGCUCACCCUCCUCACGCCGUGGGCCGCCGACCUCGGAGUGGCUUUGCUGAUCGUGGUUCGCACAGUCCAGGGCAUGGCCCAGGGAAUGGCCUGGACGGGUCAGUUUACCAUUUGGGCGAAGUGGGCGCCCCCGCUGGAGCGGAGCAAGCUCACCAGCAUCGCGGGGUCAGGGGCAGCGUUUGGGUCCUUCAUCAUCCUCUGUGUGGGGGGACUAAUCUCACAGGCCUUGGGCUGGCCUUUCAUCUUCUACAUCUUUGGCGGCAUCGGCUGUGUGUGCUGUCUCCUGUGGUUCACGGUGAUUUACGAUGACCCCGUGCGGCACCCGUGCAUCAGCGUCAGGGAGAAGGAUCACAUCGUGUCCUCGCUGGCUCAGCAGCCCACUUCCUGUCGACGGUCUGUGCCCGUAAAGGCCAUGGUCCGCUGCCUGCCACUGUGGGCCAUUUUCAUGGGGUUUUUCAGCCAUUUCUGGCUCUGCACCAUCAUCAUCACGUACCUGCCGACGUACAUUCAUUCUGUGCUGCAUGUCAACAUCAGAGAGAGCGGCGUCUUAUCCUCUCUGCCCUUUGUCGCUGCCUCGACGUGCACGAUACUGGGGGGUCAGCUGGCCGAUUUCCUUCUGUCCAGGAAACUCCUCAGAUUGGUCACCGUACGAAAACUCUUCUCAUCCCUGGGGCUGCUCCUCCCGUCCCUCUGUGCCGUGGCCCUGCCCUUCGUGGCUUCCAGCCACACGGCCACCAUAGCUUUGCUGAUACUAAUUCCUGGGACCAGCAACCUGUGUGACGCGGGGUUCAUCGUCAACAGCUUGGACAUCGCCCCCAGGUACGCCAGCUUCCUCAUGGGCGUCGCGCGGGGGUUCGGGCUCGUCGCGGGGAUCAUCUCCUCCACCGCCACCGGCUUCCUCAUCAGCCAGGAUUCGGUGUCCGGGUGGAGGAAUGUCUUCUUCCUGUCUGCCGCCAUCAACGUGUGCGGGCUGCUUUUUUACCUCGCGUUCGGGCGGGCGGACAUCCAGGACUGGGCCAAAGACAGGAGCCUCGCCGGCCUCUGAGGACGCGGAGCGCAAGCAGACGGGGACCGGCCGGCAACCUCUCCGCCCCCUCUCACUUCGAUCUCCCUCUGUAUUCUCCGCCACCGACUCAGCAGUUCCCGACUCUGGGGUGCGUGUGGAGUUUUCCGGGGAGCCUCGCACAUGCACCCGGGGGCCCCGCCAGGGGCCCCCAAGUGCGCGGUCUGGGCCAGCACCCAGGCACCGCUGACUUCGACACUCCCCGGAGUUCCUCGCGCUCAGCCAGGGCUGGCAGCUGCAGGACAGGCUCGAAACGCCAGUUCCUGCUGCCUUUGAGCUUCCCUCUUUGGAAAGUACCAGGCGAAUAAAAAUCUACGUGAAACUAAUCACUGAGAAGAACUUCCACGGGAUGAUUACGGACACAGCGAGGACCGCCUGAGAGCCGCAGCCGUGUUACCGAGCUCCGCACGGGGCGGGGUUCGAAAUCUGUAAUCCGAAGAAUUAACAUUUUUAUUAUUUUUAUAUACUGUGAAACUUGGAUGUUUAUUUAUAUGGUUAAAUUCUAUUAAAG